GUGUCAAAUAAAGUCAACGCGCACGUCAAACGUCACUAACAAAUAAGUACAAUUACAACAUUUUGAUAAUGUGAAUCACUUGAUUAAGUUAAUAAAAGAAUAAAACAGAAAAAUGACAGAAGACCAAGACGCUAAAGACUCCCAAUCUGAUUCGGGCAGCAAAACAUUCGUGAACAAAAAUAGAGAAACUAAAAAAGCCAAAACCCAACGGCCUCUAACCAAAAUAAUAUUUCGACGAUUACCUCCUACAAUGACGGAGGAGGCAUUCUUGGAUCAAGUAUCACCAAUACCAGACCAUGACUAUUUCUAUUUUGCAAAACCCGAUCCGUCCCUCGGUAGUAAUGUUUACUCCAGAGCUUACAUAAAUUUUGUUAAUGUUGAUGACAUCUAUCUCUUUAGAGACAAGUUUGAUGGGUACAUCUUUGUGGAUGAAAAAGGGCUUGAAUAUGUUGGAAUAGUAGAGUAUGCCCCAUUCCAGAGAAUACCCAAGAAAAAGAAGAAAAAAGAUCCAAAAUGUGGAACUAUUGAAAGUGACCCAAUCUUUCAAGAUUUUAUAGAGAAUCUAAGUAAAGAACCUGAAACUGAAAAUCAACCUAAAUUAGAAUAUUCAUAUCCAGUUAAUGAUGGCAAUGAUAAAAAAGCUCAAACAACACCGUUGCUAGAGUAUCUCGCUGCUCGGAAACUGGACAAACGUGGCCGCGAUGAAAGACGCAGACGAGAAAAUGAUAAAAGAAAAAUGAGGGUUGAAAGGAAAACAAAAGAUGGUACAAUUAAGCAAGCUGGUGACAACUCGGAAGAUGAUAUCUACAAUGAUUACUAUGAUUAUUACGACCAUAAGUUUGAACAGCACAAUUAUUGGUACGGAGAACAAAAAGUGUAUCGCAAGACAAAAGUUAAAUCUGUUCCAAUAUCUGAUGUAAAAGUUUCUCAUGGCUCUGAUGAGUUUUUAAGUACAGAUUCCGAUUGGGAUAGUCACUUUCCCGCUUUGACAAUGAAAAGUCAUAACACUUUUACCUUAACAUCUGGAAAGUAUUGUGAUAAAAAAGAAAAUCAAGGCGGUAUCCCAAAUAGUGGGGGUGACACAUAUUUUAAGGAGGAUGAAGUAGUAGAUAACGAUAUUAAGAAAAUAAAAUCCAGAGAAUGGGACAAAGAAAAAACUAUAUCAGAAUCUAAAGAUGAUGAUAUCAAACAAGAGACCAGAGAUGGGACAGUAUUCGAGUCGAGAACAUAUCGCGAGCAACGUAAACUGAUUGGUGCAACGCUUGUGGAUAAAAAGAAAAAAAUGGAUGGAGAUAAAAAGGAAUUUGCACCGAAAGAUGAAGAUUUGCCCGAAGAUUGUGACAAGAAUUUGAAAAAAGAUAAGAAAGAGAAAUUCAAAGAAUCACCGCGCGAUCAAAAGAGCAAGAAAUACAGUGAUACAAGAAAAGAGAGGGUUAAUAAAACUGAUUUUGCUAAAACAGAUAAACAGGCGGUAAUUAGCAAGAUGAUGUUGUCAGAAAACAAAAGUAAAUCUCAUAAUUAUGAUGAUAUCAAACCUUUUACUCAACUUCCUCAAGUGAAAACUGAUGAUUUGACUAGAAUUAUCGAAGGAAUGGAUAGGAAAGUUAAAUUGGAUGAUUCACAUGAGAAGAAAGAAUCUAAUCAUAGUACUGAUAGCAUUGGUGUUAUUAAGCAAAGGAGAAAUAGUUUGGACUCUAACGACGUACCAAUGAAAGAAGAAUCAACAUUGAAGCGUCAGAAAUCACUUGACUACAGAGGUAAAUCUACUGACAGAGAAGAAUCUGAAGAGGUUGAUAAAGGAGAAAAUACUGAACGUCGCGCUGAACGGAGGAUUAGGAAUAAGGAUCGGCCAAGCCUGGUUAUAUAUCAGCCAGGAAUGGGUAAAUUCAGUAAACAACGGCUCGCAAAAGAAACACAACCGAAUACAACAAAAUCAUUGACCGAUAGUGAAAAAAAAGACACUUGAGAAGACUGUCACAUCACCCAAUAUUUGGACAACAAUCAACGGAAUUACCCUGAAGCUGGCAUUCAAUACAAGUCAUGCAGAAAGAAGAGGGACCUUUGAAUAUGCCAACUGACGGACGAACUGUCCCUGUUUAUUCAGACCUGUUAUUCUUAUCUGUUUAGUUUACACGCAAUAUGAAAUUGUCGAUUUUUUUUUUCAUAACAUUUUAAUCAUGAAUUUGACCGCAUUGAAUGCUUCAUACUAUUAGCUUGUGAAAUUUAGUUUGGUUUGUUUAAUUUCAUUUAAAUAUAUUUCAUUUUAAACUGGGA